AUAAUAAAUUACCUGUGUCUCGAGCAAAAAAUAACUUGUGGAAAGUGCUGGAAAAUGUGCAGAACUCGAUUGUGUUGAGAGCAAGUGCGAACACGAGAUAAUUCCUUCUUAAUUCAACAAAAAAUCAAUUUCCAUUUACGCGCAGCUACCAUUGAAGUACCAGUGACGACACCAUGGAAACGGAGUCGCUGAAUCGUAAGAAUUCCUCGCGGAAGAGUUCCAUUGUGAAUGGGAACGGAGAUGCCACCACCAAAUUGACCAAUGGAGAUGCAGAUGGUGCCGAUGGCGGCGGCGGCGGGGGUGGUGAGGUGACGCUGAAAGCCAAGAUGAGUCUGCUCAACGGCUGCACCGUCAUCGUGGGCUCCAUCAUAGGCUCUGGCAUCUUUGUCUCACCCACUGGCGUGCUGAUGUACACGGGCAGUGUGAACCUCGCCCUUAUUGUGUGGGUUGCUUCCGGACUCUUCUCGAUGGUGGGUGCCUAUUGCUAUGCCGAACUGGGAACGAUGAUCACCAAGUCUGGCGCUGAUUAUGCGUACAUCAUGGAGACCUUUGGACCCUUCAUGGCCUUUAUUCGGCUCUGGAUCGAGUGCAUGAUCGUGCGACCCUGCUCACAGGCCAUUGUGGCCCUCACCUUCAGUACCUAUGUGCUGAAGCCCUUCUUCCCAGAAUGCGCCCCACCCGAAGAUUCGGCGCGUCUCCUUGCCGUUUGCUGCAUAUUGGUGCUGACCCUAAUCAACUGCUGGGACGUUAAAUGGGCCACCGCUGUGCAGGAUAUCUUCACAUAUGCCAAACUGCUGGCUUUGUUCAUCAUCAUUGCCACUGGGAUGUAUCAACUGUAUCUGGGCAAUGUCCAGUACUUUACAUUCGAGAACACAGACACCAGAGUCACGUCGCUGGCGCUGUCCUUCUACUCGGGCUUGUUUGCGUACAACGGCUGGAAUUACUUGAACUUUAUCAUUGAGGAGCUGAAGGAUCCCGUCAAGAAUCUGCCCCGUGCCAUUGCCAUCAGCUGCACCCUGGUGACCGUCGUCUAUGUGAUGGCUAAUGUGUCCUUCUACACCAUCCUGUCGCCGGACGAGGUCUUGGGCUCCUCGGCUGUGGCGGUGACCUAUGCGGAGCGUGCCUUUGGGGCGUUUGCUUGGACCAUACCAGUGUUUGUGGCUUUGUCCACCUUUGGUGCUGUGAAUGGCAUUCUGCUCACCUCCUCGCGUCUGUUCUAUGCCGGUGCCAAUGAGGGACAGAUGCCCGAGAUCCUUACGAUGAUUCAGAUCCAGAGAUUCACUCCGACACCGGCUGUCCUGGCCAUGGCUCUGCUCUCCAUGCUGUACCUCACCGUCUCCGAUAUCUUUGCGUUGAUCAACUACGUUGGAUUUGCCACUUGGCUGAGCAUUGGCGUUUCUGUGCUGUGUCUGCCAUGGCUCCGCUGGGCACAGCCCAAUCUGCCACGUCCCAUCCGUGUGCCCUUGGUGUUCCCCAUCGUCUACUUGCUUGCCACCAUGUUUGUGACCGUUGUGCCCAUGUACGCCAGUCCCGUGGAGACGGGCUACGGCAUAUUGAUGAUUCUCUCAAGUAUACCCGUCUAUUUGGUGUUUAUUGCCUGGAAGAACAAGCCCAUCUGGUUCCAGAAGUCCAUGGGCGGACUGACACAAACCCUACAGAAACUGAUGAUGGUUGUGCGCCCCAAGGCGUCGUCCAAGUAAGCCUCACACACUUCCUACAAAAGCUGCUCAUGGUACUCGGAAGGCAAACGAAACCAGCUCAGGUGUAAAGAUUAAUGGAUGUUCUUCGGUGGGACAUUUCGAAUUCAAGCUAAAGCCAACAGCAAAUGAAAGCAUUUAAACACACAAACACACUCCAAAUUGCAUUAUACGACAUUAUAGACAACAGAAACAAGUAAACGCGCUUUAGGUACAUGUAAAACACAAACAAAACUUCCCUGGAAAGGAGACUGGAGAUGAUCUGGAAAUAAAAUCUCCUGGCCAGCAAUACAAAAUAUAUAAUUAGCAUAUAUUUUUAUAUACACUUGUAUGUAUCUCUUAAGUUGAAACAAGGCCCAGUGUCCAGUAGGUUUAUACAAGUCUAAAGUUCAAUCAGCAGACAGCUCUGGGCUGACAAGGGACUAUGCGAAAGACUGUGAAACGAAUGGGAAAUUACAAGGAAAACAAACAUGGUCCAGAGUUGUGUGCUAAUUUGAGUUUUCUCUUUACAAUUUUCGAGUAUUCCAUCAAACAGAUAAUAACGAAACACAUUUUGAAUAGUUAAAUGUUUUUUGCUUGUUAAAUUUCAAGCUAGAAUUUACUAGAUGUCACAAGCGAUAGAGGAUAUAUCCAUACAGAUAUCAUGCAUUGAAAUACAAUAGGAAAUACUUCAGUUUGUGAAGUGAAACUCACUCAUUUGACAGAUUUACAGAGCUCUGAGAUUAGUUCUUAGAAAAGGAUCUAUUAGUUUUAAAGCUUAUACGAUAUAAUUUUAAUGUUACGCUUUUGUUUAGUGUAGUCUUAAGUGGCCCUGCAAUUUUAUUUCAUCAAUCUGUGUUUAAGUUAAAGAUACAACAUUUCAAUUUCAAAUUCCAUUAGAAGCACAUGUCAUUUAUAUACCCCAAUCGUUCGAUGAGUCCGUUUGUUUAUGUGAAAUUUAUGCAACGAGUAGUACUCGUUGUUCAACGAAUGUGCUCUAGUGGAAGCAGGCUAUUAGUUCGCCAUUAUCAGAGUUUUGUAGUGAGGUUUCUUAGAGAAAAGAAAAUAUCCUGAGAAAAUUGUACAAACAAUUCUGAUUGAAUCCAGGUACCUUUUGGCCUCCAACACAGAGAACAUUGCCUACUAACCUUCACAUAUCCAACAGAGAAAA